GGCCCCGCCUCGGCCGGCGGCGGGAGCGGCUGCGCUCGGCUCGGCUCGGCUCGGCUCGGCUCGGCUGUGCCCGGCUCUGCCCUGCCCCGCUCCGCUGCCGGCGGCGCUGCGCUCCCCGCGGUGUCCCCGGCGCCGCCAAUGACGGCGGCCGCUGGCGGCGGCGGGGCCGCGGCCGGGUGAGGCGGCGGCGGCGGUGCCGGCGGGGCCCGCGCCCUCCCGCACGAUGUCAGCGCAGGGCAAGUUCAAGAAGGACAAAGAGAUCAUCGCCGACUACGAGGCGCAGGUCAAAGAAAUCCGAACGCAGCUGGUGGAGCAGUUCAAAUGCCUGGAGCAGCAGUCGGAGUCGCGCCUGCAGCUGCUGCAGGACCUGCAGGAGUUCUUCCGCAGGAAGGCCGAGAUCGAGCUGGAGUACUCCCGCAGCCUGGAGAAGCUGGCCGAGCGCUUCUCCUCCAAGAUCCGCAGCUCCAGAGAGCACCAGUUCAAGAAAGAUCAGCACCUCCUGUCCCCUGUGAACUGCUGGUACCUGGUUCUGACGCAGACCCGUCGAGAGAGCCGAGACCACGCCACCCUGAAUGACAUCUUCAUGAACAAUGUCAUCGUCCGGCUCUCGCAGAUCAGUGAGGAUGUCAUCAGGCUCUUCAAAAAGAGCAAGGAGAUUGGCCUCCAGAUGCACGAGGAGCUCCUGAAGGUCACCAAUGAGCUCUACACGGUGAUGAAGACCUACCACAUGUACCACGCAGAGAGCAUCAGCGCCGAGAGCAAGCUGAAGGAGGCAGAGAAGCAGGAAGAAAAGCAGUUCAACAAGUCAGGGGACAUCAGUGUGAACCUGCUGCGACAUGAGGACCGGCCUCAGCGGCGCAGCUCUGUCAAGAAGAUUGAGAAGAUGAAAGAGAAGAGACAAGCCAAGUAUUCUGAAAACAAGCUGAAGUGUACAAAAGCCAGGAACGACUACCUGCUGAACCUGGCAGCCACCAACGCGGCCGUCAGCAAGUACUACAUCCACGACGUCUCCGACCUCAUCGACUGCUGUGAUCUGGGAUUCCAUGCCAGCCUUGCUCGCACCUUCAGGACAUACCUGUCUGCUGAGUACAACCUGGAGACGUCCCGCCACGAGGGCCUGGACGUCAUCGAGAACGCCGUGGACAACCUGGACGCACGGAGCGACAAGCACACCAUCAUGGACAUGUGCAACCAGGUCUUCUGCCCGCCGCUCAAGUUCGAGUUCCAGCCACACAUGGGGGAUGAGGUGUGCCAGGUGAGCGCCCAGCAGCCUGUGCAGACCGAGCUGCUGAUGCGGUACCACCAGCUGCAGUCUCGGCUGGCCACCCUCAAGAUAGAGAAUGAAGAGGUACGGAAAACGCUGGAUGCCACGAUGCAGACCUUGCAGGACAUGCUGACAGUGGAAGAUUUUGAUGUUUCAGAUGCCUUCCAGCACAGCCGCUCCACUGAGUCGGUCAAAUCAGCUGCAUCAGAGACCUACAUGAGCAAAAUCAACAUUGCCAAGAGGAGAGCCAACCAGCAGGAGACCGAAAUGUUCUAUUUCACUAAAUUUAAGGAGUAUCUGAAUGGCAGUAACCUCAUCACGAAGCUCCAGGCUAAACACGACCUGCUGAAGCAAACUCUGGGAGAAGGUGAAAGAGCUGAGUGCGGAACAACCAGAGGAAGGAGGAAUGCACGAACGAGGAAUCAGGAUUCGGGACAGGCCAUCCCACUUGUUGUAGAAAGCUGCAUCCGCUACAUCAAUCUGUAUGGCCUCCAGCAACAGGGCAUCUUCAGAGUCCCUGGCUCCCAGGUGGAAGUCAACGACAUCAAGAACUCAUUUGAGAGAGGUGAAGACCCCCUCGCUGAUGAUCAGAACGAACGAGACAUUAACUCAGUGGCUGGAGUCUUGAAGCUGUAUUUCCGAGGACUGGAAAACCCCCUCUUUCCUAAGGAAAGGUUUCAAGAUUUGAUAUCUACUAUAAAAACUGAGAACCCUGCAGAGAGAGUGCACCAGAUCCAGCAGAUCAUUGUCACUCUGCCUCGGGCUGUCAUCGUGGUCAUGAGAUACCUCUUUGCUUUCCUUAACCACUUGUCACAGUACAGCGAUGAGAACAUGAUGGAUCCCUACAACCUGGCCAUCUGCUUCGGGCCCACGCUGAUGCACAUUCCUGACGGGCAGGAUCCGGUGUCCUGCCAGGCCCAUGUCAAUGAGGUCAUCAAAACCAUCAUCAUUCACCACGAGGGCAUCUUCCCCAGCCACCGGGAGCUGGAGGGGCCUGUCUACGAGAAGUGCAUGACUGGAGGGGAGGAGUACUGUGACAGCCCGCACAGCGAGCCGGGCACCAUCGAUGAAGUGGACCACGACAACGGGACAGAGCCGCACACCAGUGACGACGAGGUGGAGCAGAUUGAAGCCAUAGCGAAGUUUGACUACAUUGGGCGGUCUCCACGGGAGCUCUCCUUCAAGAAAGGGGCCUCACUCCUGCUGUACCAUCGGGCGUCGGAGGACUGGUGGGAAGGGAGACACAACGGGGUGGACGGGCUCAUUCCCCACCAGUACAUCGUGGUGCAAGACAUGGAUGAUGCGUUCUCUGACAGCCUGAGCCAGAAGGCAGACAGCGAGGCGAGCAGCGGGCCGCUGCUGGACGAUAAAGCCUCCUCCAAGAACGACAUCCAGUCUCCAACAGAUCACAUCAUGGACUAUGGCUUUGGGGGAGUGAUGGGCAGGGUGAGAUUGAGGUCUGAUGGUGCAGCCAUCCCCCGGCGCCGCAGCGGGGGAGACACCCACAGCCCGCCCCGCGGGAUGGGGCCCGGCAUAGACACCCCUCCUCGAGCAGCAGCCUGCCCCAGCAGCCCCCACAAGAUCCCCCUCAACAGGGGCAGGAUCGAGAGCCCUGAGAAGCGCCGGAUGGCGACGUUCGGCAGCGCGGGCAGCAUCAACUUCCCAGACAGGAAGGCCCUGGCUGACAGCCACCCUCUGAGAUCGACCUGUGGGUCCACCCGGCACAGCAGCCUUGGAGAUCAGAAAUCCCUGGAAGCAGAAGCUCUUGCUGAGGACAUCGAGAAGACCAUGAGCACGGCGCUGAACGAGCUGCGGGAGCUGGAGAGGCAGAACACGGCCAAGCAGGCGCCCGACGUGGUGCUGGACACGCUGGAGCCCAUGAAGAACCCCCCGAUGGGCGCCGCCAACUCGGAGCCGGCCAGCCCCCUGCACACCAUCCUGAUCCGGGACCCCGAGGCGGCCAUGCGGCGCAGCAGCAGCUCCACCACCGAGAUGAUGACCACCUUCAAGCCGGCGCUGUCGGCCCGGCUGGCCGGGGCGCAGCUGCGGCCGCCGCCCAUGCGGCCGGUGCGGCCCGUGGUGCAGCACCGCUCCAGCAGCAGCAGCAGCUCGGGGGUGGGCAGCCCCGCCGUCACCCCCACCGAGAAGCUCUUCCCCAGCAGCUCGGCAGAUAAAUCGGGCACCAUGUAGGCUGGGGCGCCGUGGAGGCUGGGGCGCCGUGGAGGCUGGGGCACGGGGACCGCGGCACCCGGACGCCGGGAGCGGGGCGGGCACGGCAGAGCCUCGCUGGGUGGGCAGGGGGUCAGAGCCCUGCUGGGGGAGCCUCUGUGGAAGGAAGCACGUGUGGGGCCUGGGCCUGGUGCUGUACAUACGUGUGUGUGUAUGUACGUAGGUGUGCACACACCCCAUCCAUGCAGAAACACUUCCCGAGCUUGCAGUCCUACAGCAGGAGGAGACGGCAGGUCUACGUGUUGGCACUGGAGAACACACUCGGUGUAGAAGUAUAUAUUAAAAACAAAGUGUACAGAAUUCAAUGACUUUUUAAAACAGUAGAUUUACCUCAGAAACUGGCUCCGAAAUGUCCUCUCUUGAGACGGUGGGUUGGUCUGGGUUUCCAAGGCUGGCUGUGUGCCCCUGGAAGCCCACACUGCAGCAGCUGUGCGUCAAGCAAUACGAGGCCACUCUGGAAUUUAUGUUCUGUACCUCUUGGCUUUGAAAAAAAAAAAAGGAUGGGAAUACAGUGGGGUCUGUUCACUGCUGGGCUGUGGAGAAGAGCUGGAAAUCCAUACAUGACCAUGUGUGACCGGCCAGCUGGAGCCUUUCCAGUCCUGAAUCCUGAGAUGUCUUCAUGUGCCUGUGAUGCCCUGGCAGCAGGGACAAAGCAAGGUGUGUGCCGUGGAUGGGAAUGGAGUGAAGUGAGUGUCAUGAGUGGGACAGAGUGAGGUGUGUGCCAUCACUCUCGUGCAGGAGGAGGACGCUGCGCUGCACUGGGACUGUGGAACGCUGCUUCUCUGCAAGUUCUCAGAGUGAGCAGGGACUAGUGACCAAACCUGUGGUAAAGCAUGGAGUAACUUACAGAGUUUGGAGAUUCUUCAUCUCCCUUUCCCCACGUGCUUUUUCUUUUUUUUUUUUAAUCAAAACCCAACCCAGUGGUCUCUUGAGAGUCAGGCCUGAGCAGCGAGGAGGGGUCUCAGGUCAGAGUGGUGGUCCUGCAUGAGAAGCAUGAGCCGUGUUUGACCACAUCAGAUGCAAAACUGAUCUGAUGGGUGAUACUUUGCACUUUCUGUACUGUACCAUAUAAUACAACAGUUUGAGUUUAUGCAAAAUAAUCUACAUUUUGUUUUACCCAGAGGAAAAAAUAUGCAGAAGGCUGGGGAUUGCAUGGUCCUGUGUGAUAAUCCAGACUCCUCUGUAAGCACUGAAUCCGAGAUGCUCCGUGCUUCUCCUGCAGCUUUUCCUUGUACAGAUUUCCAUGCAAUGCCCCAUGGUUUGAUUUGGCACUUCCCCAUGGUCACGUGCUAAUGUCUCCUAACAUUCAUCCUUCCUCCCUGCUGUCUCUGAUCCUGCUGCUCUGUGCCUGGGCAAAGACGCCUGCGAGCCCUCCUGACUCACCCAGCAGCCACUUACCCUGCCUGGGGCUUUGCUUUGUCCCCCCUUCAUCCUCCUCAUCUCUCCGGCGCUGCUGCGGGCCCCAGCUCUGCAGGAGAAGCAGCCUGACUGCAGCAGGCAGCUGGAGGCGCUGACCAGGGCGGCAGAACCCGUCAGCCCCGCAGCGGCUCGCGUCUCCUCGGCUGGGGAGCUCCCGCGCACGCCAGACUGCCUGUGCAUUCACACCUGUACCCCUGUACCUGUACGGGACAGCUGCACCCCAUCUCUGCACCUGCACAGCUGCACCCCCGUGUGCCGGGCACAGAGCUGCCGCCGUGGGCCCGGCUGGUGCCUGUCCCGUGCCCAUCACACGUGUCCCCUCACGCCCCGCUCUGCCAGCCCUGUAAAUAUUGCUGUACUUGCUUAACUGCUCGAAAGUAACUGUUAACCUGUAAACUGUACAAAAAUAGGCUAAAGUUAGAUAAAGCCGAUGCCACUCAACAAAUCUUUGCACUUAGUAGGUAGCUCAAUGUAAAAAUAAACCCAGUAAUAAUAAUAGUAAUCCCGAAGGGAAGCGAAGCCGCCCGCACCCCUGGCAGAGCCCGUGGGGAGCAGCUCUGCCCACGUCCCUCCCUGUCACGCUGGCAGGGCAGACGGUGUGUGUGCGUGUCUGUGAACGUCCUUGGCGUUUGGUUCUCGUUGCUGUUUAUUUCUCCAUCGUGCCCCUUUCCUGGCGCAGCCCCUGGCCUCUGCCCGGCCUGGCAGGUGUUCAGCCAGGCCGGGCUGGGCUGGGACCUGGGCUGGGGAGGGAAGGACCCAUUUGGCACCAGUGCUGUGUAUCCAUUGCUAGUAAUUAUUGCUUUUGUUUCCAUUUAGUUCCUGGAGAACAUUCACUUUGCCAGUUUUCUGGUUUUUGUAUGCUUUCUGAGAUGACUUGAGAGCAAACCCAUCUUCAUUAGGGGUUUUAUUUCCUCCCUUACUUUUGACCAUACGGUACAAAUUCCAGUGUCUUUCUAUUAAAUUAUUGCCUUUCAUUUUUCCUUUGUUUUGUUUUGUUGUGGGUUUUUAAUACAGUUGUUUUCUUAUCUUUAAGUGCCUUUUUGAGCACCAAAACAAAUGGUUGGAGUUCAGGCCUGGGGGCUGUGCACACAUGGGUUCGUCUGGGCAGUUGUGUUGUGCUGGGGGUGAUUGCUUUUAAAGUCCUUCCAUCUUUCUGUUUAAUGAAAAGGGAACCAAGACUUUUUGUUGGAGAAUAAACUCCCCCUUUGUAAUAUGGUAUUCCAAGUGUAGUUUUAACUACUGUAAAUUUAAGGGAAGAAAUGUAUUUUUCUGUAAGCGAACUUGGCACAAAAUUGAACCACAUACGUUGUAGGAGCAUCAUAACUGGAACCGCUCAUGGUUUGUGAGUGACUGACUCCGAUCCUCGGUACCUCCCUGGGGGCACAGACUGUGUGUGGGCUUCAGAGUUCACAGGGCUUCACUGUGACAACCCACGGCCGAGCUGCCACCGGAGCCAGGGUGGGCCAGCCCUGCCCCGGGCCGCGGAGGGCGGCUGCUCAGGGCAGCUGUGUCUCUGGGCAGAGAGCAGAGACAGGGGAGCUCAGGGCAGCUGUGUCUCUGGGCAGAGAGCAGAGACAGGGGAGCUCAGGGCAGCUGUGUCUCUGCUGUGCAGAGCGAGCGCCGCUCCGGGCCCGGCUCCCGCGGCCCUGCCCCGUCCAGCCCAGCCCUCCAGCCACAGCCAUGGCCCUGCCGUCCAUCCCAGCCACGGCCAUGGCCCUGCCAUGAGGGGAGCACGGUGGCACCAUGGCCCUGCCGUCCAUCCCAGCCAUGGCCAUGGCCCUGCCAUGAGGGGAGAGCAGUGGCCCCCCGCCCCACCCUGCCCUGGACGGAGCCUCAGCGCCUGAGCGCGGGCCCGGGGCGGCCAUGACUGCACUUUGUUCCUUAGGCUGAAGUCCCUGGUAGGUCGUUUUGUAUCGCAGGUGUGUUAUUUAACUAGCGGUGUCGUGGUUCUCGCGGGGCGGCAGUAGAUGUUCCCAGUCUGAUUUGCUUUGCGUGGCUGGGCUGCGAGGUCUGGUGGGGACGGGGUUGGUUGUGCCGGGAGGCCGUGGGAAAUGCCGGCUGCUGCCCGCUGUACCGGCCAUCCUCCUCCUCCUCUUCCUCCUCUGGUGUUGUCUCUGUAACGUAUGGUGAGAUGCCGUCAGCUAGAGUGUCUGAGUGGGUCCUUGUGUGUGCUGGUGAUGCCAUGUAGAUGAAGCCACUGGUUGGGUGUGGACUCAUCCUGUUGAAUAAACUGCUUAACUUUUCUCAAAA